AUGGGGGAAUUGAUAAAAUGUAAAGUUCACCUGAGAAUUAUUAUUUUCAACCUCAGAAAUAUUUACCAAAAAAUCAGGGACCACGACCUUCUGGACAAAAGGAAAACAGUCACCGCUCUGAAAGCUGGAGAAGAUCGAGCCAUUCUCCUGGGGCUGGCCAUGAUGGUAUGUGCCAUCAUGAUGUACUUUCUGCUAGGAAUCACCCUCCUCCGCUCAUAUAUGCAAAGUGUAUGGACAGAAGAGUCUCAAUGCACAUUGCUAAAUGCUUCCAUCACAGAAACAUUUAACUGCUCUUUUAAUUGUGGUCCAGACUGUCGGAAGCUCUCUCAGUACCCCUGCCUCCAGGUCUACGUCAACCUAACUUCUUCGGGACAAAAGCUCUUACUUUACCACACAGAAGAAACAAUGAAAAUAAAUUCUGAGUGUUCUUAUAUACCCAAAUGUGGCAAGAAUUUCGAAGAGUCGCUGUCCGUGGUGAACGUGGUGAUGGAGAAUUUCAGGAAGUACCAACGGUUCUCCUGCUUCUCCGACCCCUCCGGCAACCAGAAGAACGUCAUCUUAACCAAACUCUACAGUUCCAAUGUGCUGUUCCACUCACUCUUUUGGCCCACCUGCAUGAUGAGUGGUGGUGUGGCCAUUGUGGCCAUGGUGAAAUUCACUCAGUACCUCUCCCUGCUCUGCGAACGCAUCCAGCGAAUCAACAGAUAG